UCCAGCAUUUAUCCUAUGUGGCUGCCUCCUCCUGUUCUUGUUCUUCUCCUCUCUUCCUUUCAUUUUUUCUCCUUUUUUUGUUGAUCUCCAUUUAUUCACCACCUCAAUCAAAAUCUUGGCCUCUCUCUCUCUCUCUCUCUGUGCAUAUGCUGCACUCGAUAAAGAAAAUCUCUCUUCUCCUUUCACACACUUCUCCUCUAGUGUUUUGAUAGAGCAGAGAAGCGUGUGGUGGCUGUUUAUAUUUUCUCGAGCUGGAUUUUUAUCAUUCGUUCGAUCCCAUUUUAUAUUUUUGGUAUCAGCGGUGACUGGAGCUAUGGUUGCUGAAGCUAAGUGGUUUAACAUAACAGGAACAAGUUGUAGCCACUAGCGAGGAUGCAUCUUUUAUGGUUAACUCACAGCUGGAAUCUGUGGCAGGUCAAUCAAAGUCCUUGCGUUCUAACGGAAGUAGUUAUACACUGAAGGUGAGAAAGCCAUACACAAUCACUAAACAGAGAGAAAGAUGGACAGAGGAAGAACAUCAAAAGUUUCUUGAAGCUUUAAAGCUGUACGGUCGUGCUUGGCGCCAUAUUGAAGAAUAUGUAGGCACCAAGACAGCCAUCCAAAUCCGGAGUCAUGCCCAAAAGUUUUUUGCUAAGGUUACCCGGGACUCAAGCAUGGAUGCUGAAGGGUCUUUGGAUCCAAUUCAGAUCCCUCCUCCUCGGCCCAAGAAGAAACCUCUGCAUCCUUAUCCUCGCAAAUUUGUUGAUCCUGUGAAUAGAGAAAUCACAGUUCCUAAUCGACUGGAAAUAUCUCAUUCUCCUGAUGCAUCUGUUCCUGAGAAGGACAACUUAUCUCCUACUUCAGUUUUGUCAGUGGUUGGCUCUGAUACUUUAGAAUCCACGGUUGCUGAGAUGCAUGAAUCUUGCCUUUCACCAGCUUCAUGUUCUAUUGAUGCACCCUCUACCUGCUCAUUACUUCCUGAGAGGGAUGACGAAUACAUAACAUCAGAGAUAUCUGCUAAUGAAGAGAAUGGGUUUCGUUUAUCAAUGAAAACAUCUUCCAAUUUGGUCCCAGAUAAAAACUCACCCAUGAAACUCAAAUUGUUCCCUCAAGAGGCAGAAUGUGCUAUAGAUUCUCCACAAGCUGAAGAGCCUUAUACAAGGAUUAAACUAUUUGGAAAGACAGUUAUGGUCAGAGAUGCUUCAAAACAGUCUUUAGAAGUUGUGGAGAAUUCUCAAUCAUUACCACCUGAUAUCAUUGAUAAGAAGCUUGACAAUAAUGCUGAUGAGCUUGUUAAGGAUCGGGCAUUAAUAUCAACCAGCCAAUAUCUAGAAGAUACUGUUGAAUGUGAUUCGAAAAGUGUAAUUCCUAGCAGCUUACCACAGCAUCCGCUGAAUAACAUACAUUGCCAUAUGAUGAACGUGUUUGGUUUGCCUUGGUGGAUGUGGCACCAGGGUGUGGUAUACCCGUCUGCCUCAUCUUGCCAGGAAGUUGCCUCACAGAAUGCUGAAUGUUCUCUCAUUGGCAAAGGGUUAGAAAGUGAACAGCUUCAGCUGAAUGGAUCUUUAAAUGGUCCAAAAGCUCCAAUUAGUGAAGCCAACACUGAGAACCGAAAUAAUGAAGCAUCUGAAGGAAAGCAUUUGUUUGAUACAGGGAAAAAGGAACCUGCAAAAGGUUUCGUGGCAUACAAGCGAUGUUUGGCAGAGAGGGAUGGCAGAUCAUCCAUGUCUUUGCUGCAGGAGAGGGAGGGCCAAAGAGCUCGUGUUUGCUCUUAGCACAUUUUCAGCAGAGUCCUACUUCGUUUAACCCUUAACCUGUAUCAGGUGAUUGCACAUGCAAGUCAGUAAAGUCAAUCCAUGCAGAGUUGCAAUUGUGUAAAGAAGACAAGUCUUACUCUUAAGCUAAUAUAGGUGGUUCCAGGAUAGAAAUAUCCGUGCUUGCAAAUGACGACUUUCUUGAUUUAUGACCGGGUUGUCGCCAUUAAUUUUAGACAGUGAUGUAUGGUGGAUGUCUUGAGCAGGAGCUGCUUGUUAUAAUUUAAUUUCUCGCAGCUCAUUGAUUUACUUCUUGGUACAUUUGCAGUUCUCUUGCUAGAAGAUGAGUGAGUUGAUAAUUUUACAUUUGUAACUAAACUUCUUGUUUGAUGUUUUUCUCAACAAAUGGGGAAAUACACAAGUCUUCAUUUUCCCAGAUA